GGCGCCGGGAGGAGGAGCUCCGCGCCGCGCAUCACGGGGCGUUAGUCGCAAUACCCAAAGUAGGCGCCCGGCGCUGCCCGCUCACUGCCCGGCCCCGGCGGAGAUCACAGCGGCCUCUCAAACGAAGUUGAUUUAGAAAAGAGUUAGAAGUGCUUUCGGGAAGUAUCUGCCCUGAAUCCUCCUGCCAGAGUCUGUGGUUUUACAGGAUGCCAGGAGGAGACAUGGCAAAACCACUCCUAGGUCGCCGGAAUAUGGAGAGCAAUCCAGAUCUUGCCCCGCCUGCUGGCCGAACCAUAGGGAUCCUGGGAAGUGGAGACUUUGCACGCUCAUUGGCUACACGUCUGGUGUACUCGGGUUUCCAGGUGGUGGUCGGAAGCCGCAAUCCAAAACGCUGUGCAGGCCUCUUUCCUUCAGCAGCUGAAGUAACUGCCCAGGUGGAUGCUGCAAAGAAGACAGAUGUUAUUUUUGUGGCAGUUUUCAGGGAACAUUACUCCACGCUCUGUGACCUGACGGAUGUGCUGGCUGGCAAAAUACUGGUAGAUGUCAGCAACAACACUGAAAUUAACCAUCACAAAGAAUCAAAUGCCGAGUACUUGGCUUCUCUUUUCCCAGCCUGCACUGUCGUCAAAGGAUUUAAUGUGAUAUCCGCAUGGACCUUACAGUCAGGUCCCAGAGAUGGGAAUAAGCAGGUCUUGAUUUGCUGUGAUAAUCAAGAAGCCAAGCGUACAGUCACUGAAAUUGCUCAGGUCAUGGGGUUCACCCCUGUGGACAUGGGCUCCUUGUCUUCAGCCUGCGAGAUCGAGAACAUUCCCCUGCGCCUCCUCCCAGCUUGGAAAAUCCCUGUCUUUUUGGGCCUGGGUCUCUUUCUCUGUUUCUACACCUACAAUUUCAUCAGACAAGUUUUACACCCUUACAUCUGGGAACAGAAAAACAAGUUCUACAAGAUCCCAGUGGAGGUGGUCAAUAGCACGCUGCCCUGCGUAGCCUACGUCAUGCUCUCUCUCGUUUAUCUUCCCGGGGUCCUGGCCGCCUCCUUCCAGCUGCACUAUGGCACAAAGUACAGACGUUUUCCAGACUGGCUAGACCAGUGGCUGCAGCACAGAAAGCAGAUUGGCCUUCUGAGUUUCUUUUGUGCAGCCUUGCAUGCCGUGUACAGCCUCUGCUUGCCCAUGCGCCGAUCCCAUCGGUAUCAGUUAAUUAACGCAGCCGUCAAGCAGGUCAUGGAGAAGAAGACUGAUGCCUGGAUAGAGGAGGAGGUCUGGAGAAUGGAGAUUUAUGUCUCUUUUGGAAUAAUGGCCCUAGGCCUGCUGUCAUUACUUGCCAUAACUUCACUUCCCUCCAUAGCAAACUCUCUCAACUGGAGGGAAUUCAGUUUCAUUCAGUCUACCCUUGGAUUUACUGCCCUGGUAGUCAGCACCCUACACACCCUCACCUUUGGAUGGACAAGGGCCUUUGAUGAAAACCAAUACAAAUUCUAUCUGCCGCCAAGUUACACACUCACACUACUAGUGCCAUGUACUGUGAUCUUAGCGAAAAUAUUCUUUCAUUUGCCCUGUAUCCACCAAAGACUGCAGCGCAUUCGGAACGGCUGGGAAAAGGGAAGGCUUUGGAAUACUGAAGAACAGGCUAUGCUGACACCUGCUGGCUUUCUCUUCAGACAAAGACACAUCACACAUGACCUUGAGAACCUCCUCCAACAGCCGGGGAGCAUCUGCGCCAGAUAAGAAAAUGCCUGAGAUGGAGCAAGGAAGAUAUGUUCCAGGAGGUGCUGCUGCAGUCAGAGGCAGAAAAGACUGAACGCAAGAAGUGGGAAAGCAACAAGCAGGAAAGAAAAGAAAAUGAUGCGUACAAUAGGGACACCACAGAGAGGCUGAUAAAAGUUUUGGAGCAUCAAACUGACCUGCUCCAGUCUCCUGUAAUGGUCCAGACUAAGCAGAUGCGUGCUCGCCCUCCCCUUCAGCACAUUCAGAAUUCUCUUGGUGCAUUCCUUUCUGCUUUCUGACACUUUACACUCUCCUCUAAACUCCACCCCCUGUAGACAGUGUUUCAAAUGAAAGCUGGACUUAUGCUCAGCUCUGAAAGUCACACACCACCCAGUACCUUCUCCCCCACCCAGAAUCUGUGUGUGUGUGUGUGUGUGUGUGUGUGUGGUGUUGGGUUGUGGU